GUCAUUUUCACAUUAUUAAUUAUUUACCAAAAUAAUUAAAAAAAAGUAUUUGGUCAUUUUUAAAACAGUUGACCAUUAGCGCACUGCGCUAGAAAACAAUUUGGCUUUCACGAAACGAACCUCAACACCAAAUCACUAACAGAAAUCCCUUAAAUGGUCGACCCCCCUUGAAGGUCAACGAAUAACUGUGGGAUAAUUCGCACACUCUUCACUAGUAUACACCACUCUCUGCUCGUUCCCUCCAGCAUACCCCUCCAUCCCCUGCAGCAGAUGCUGUGACGGUCGCCAUGAUGCUGUCGGGUUUCGCCUGCAGCAGCAGCAGCAGCGAGCAGUGAGAGACACACACACCGCGAGCGCGAGCGGAGCCCUCCAACCGAGCCGACAUAAACGAGGACACAUAUAUCCAGCAAAAGCUUCUGUCGUCAAGUGCAUAACAGUUUUCGAAAGCAAGGCUUGCUCCUUCUGCCAGCGUUUUAAGAGAGGGAUUUAAAGGGAAAACAGCUUGCUAGGGCUUUCGCAGUCCUGCCAGAGGAGGGGCAUAUGGGGCUUUGUAGCAAUGCAGAUCCCGUGCUGCUGAUGCGCUUUUGUUACUGCAUAAUGGAUAACCACAGAUAUCACCAUAUCACAAGGGAUUGCUUUUAACUUAUUUAGUGACUUGUUUAGUGAAAAGUGUCCUUUAUAGGAGAAGCUGAAAUCGGGAAUACAUAAGCCUAGGUUAUACGUCAAACCCAUCGGCCAGGGCAGGGUCGAUGGCUGUAAGUUCUCUGCAUCCAAGGACUGCGAAAUUGUGAUGUUGUGGAUUGAUAGGGACGGAUCGGUGUGAGAGGGACCAUGAUAAGGCUUUACAAUAUUUUUUGAGACAUUACGUUUUUUGGAGCGUCCCAUUUGCUACAGUGGGAGCAAAAACUGACCAUACUGUGAGACACCAGCAGCAACUGAAACCAUGUCUGGUGAGGUGCGUUUGAAGAAGCUGGAGAAGCUGAUUCUUGAUGGCCCGUCUCAGUCCAGCGGCCAGUGCUUCAGCGUGGAGACCUUGUUGGAUAUUCUUGUUUGUCUGUAUGAUGAAUGCAAUAAUUCUCCCCUAAGAAGAGAGAAAAACAUCCUGGAGUUCCUUGACUGGGCCAAACCUUUUACAUCCAAGGUGAAACAGAUGCGCUUGCACAAGGAAGAUUUCGAGAUCCUGAAGGUGAUUGGACGGGGAGCAUUUGGAGAGGUUGCAGUAGUAAAGGUGAAAAAUGCAGACAAAGUAUUUGCCAUGAAGAUUCUCAACAAAUGGGAAAUGCUUAAAAGGGCUGAGACUGCAUGUUUUCGGGAGGAACGGGACGUGCUGGUGAACGGGAACAGUCAGUGGAUCACGACGUUACACUAUGCUUUCCAGGAUGAGAACAACUUGUACCUGGUGAUGGACUACUAUGUAGGGGGAGACCUGUUGACUCUGCUCAGUAAAUUUGAAGAUCGUUUGCCUGAGGACAUGGCCAAGUUCUAUCUGGCCGAAAUGGUCUUGGCUGUUGACUCUGUGCAUAAGCUACAUUAUGUUCACAGGGAUAUUAAGCCGGACAAUAUCUUGAUGGACAUGAACGGUCACAUCCGGCUGGCUGACUUUGGCUCCUGCCUCAAGCUCAUGGAAGAUGGGACAGUCCAGUCCUCUGUGGCAGUUGGGACCCCGGACUACAUUUCUCCAGAGAUCUUGCAGGCUAUGGAAGACGGGAAGGGGAAGUACGGGCCGGAGUGUGACUGGUGGUCUCUGGGUGUGUGCAUGUAUGAGAUGCUGUAUGGAGAGACUCCCUUUUAUGCUGAAUCCCUGGUGGAGACCUAUGGAAAGAUCAUGAACCAUAAGGAGCGCUUCCAGUUCCCACUUCAGAUGACAGAUGUGUCCGAGGAGGCUAAAGAUCUCAUCCGGCGGCUGAUCUGCAGCAGAGAACACCGGUUAGGCCAGAACGGCAUCGACGACUUCAAACAGCACCCCUUUUUCACAGGCAUCGACUGGGACAAUAUCCGCACAUGUGAAGCCCCCUAUAUCCCCGAAGUCAGCAGCCCCACUGACACCUCCAACUUUGACGUGGAUGAUGAUUGCCUCAAAAACUGUGAGACGUUGCCCCCACCUUCACACACAACGUUUUCUGGACACCACCUCCCAUUUGUAGGCUUCACCUACACAAGCAAAUGUACUCUGUCAGAUCGAGGGUGUCUGCGGGAGUCCAUGGGACCACCACAGGUAGAUGCUGAGCUUCAGCGUAGCCUGGAGGAGAGCCUGGCCUCAGAGGCCUAUGAGAGAAGGAUCCGACGUCUAGAACAGGAGAAGACCGAGCUUACCCGGAAACUACAGGAGUCCACGCAAACAGUGCAGGCACUGCAGUACACUGAUUCAGAUGCCCCAGUGAAUGCUAAUAAAGAGGUAGAAAUCCGGAGUUUAAGAAGUGAGAUCGACAUCCUGAAGAAACAGAUAGCAGACUCUGGACAACUGGAACAGCAAUUGGAGGAGGCCACCAUAGUUCGAAGAGACCCGGAAGACUCGUCUAAAAUAAUCAGGAGCUUUGAGAAACAGCUGAAGAGUGUCAUGCAAGAAAGAGAUGAUCUGCACAAGGAGCUGCUGGAGUUGGCAGAGAAGGUGAAGGCUCAGGGGAAGGAGCUAAAGGAGGCUCACAGUCAAAAGAAGAUGGCCAUGAAGGAGUUCUCUGAGCUGAACGAGCAACUGAGCGAUCUGCUCUCACAAAAGCAGCGGCUGAGCCGACAGUUCAGAGACAAAGAGGAGGAGAUGGAAGGAGUGUCACAGAAACUAGAGGCUCUACGGCUAGAGAUUCGCAAAGCUGAGAGAAUGCGCAAAGAGUUAGAGGCCCAGGCUGAGGAGCAAGCAGCAGAAGCUCAGAAGGAGAAGAAGCUACGAGAGAGAACCGAACAGUACAGCCGACAGUUAGAGGAGGACCUGGAAGAGAUGAAGCAGUUGAAGCAGGCUGGGCCGCAUCACUCAGAGGCGAGCUCAGAUCAACAGCAGGAGCUGAUGCGCAUACGAGCGGAGCUGGAGAAGAAGAACGUGCAGUACGAGGAGGAGUUGUGCCGCCGGGAGACACUCCACACCAGCGAGCUGAAGGGCCUCAAGAAGGAGCUCCACGAUGCUGAGGGUCAACACCUCACACUCCAGAAAGAGAUUCUCAUGCUCAAAGACAAACUGGAGAAAACCCGCAGAGAAAGCCAAACUGAGCGAGAGGAGUUUGAGACGGAGUACAAGCAGAAGUACGAGAGGGAGAGAGCCCAUCUGAUGGAUGAAAACAGGAAGCUCGCAAGUGAAGUGGAGAAACUGAGCUCUAUGUAUGACCAGCUCAACAGUAGUCACAAGCAGAAGGACGAGGAGAUGAGAGAGUUGGCUGAUAAGAAGGAGAGCAUUGCCCAUUGGGAGGCCCAGAUCACUGAGAUCAUACAGUGGGUGAGCGAUGAGAAAGAUGCUCGUGGUUACCUCCAAGCUCUAGCCACAAAAAUGACAGAGGAGCUUGAAGGGCUCAGGAACACCAGCUUGGGAGCCAGAGGAACGGACAUGCCGUGGAAGAUAAGGCGCUUUGCUAAGCUGGACAUGUCUGCGCGUCUAGAACUGCAGUCUGCGCUGGAUGCGGAGAUCAGAGCCAAACAGUCCAUCCAGGACGAGUUUAACAAAGUCAAAGCAUCCAACAUUGCCACAGAAUGCAAAUUGCAAGAGUCCGAAAGUAGAAACCAGGAGCUGCUUGCAGAAAUUGAGAGGCUGAGGAAAGAGACAGAGGAGCUGAGACUGAGGAGAGGUGUGAAGCACCAGGAUUCCCAGAAUUCUUUCUUGGCAUUCCUCAAUGCCCCCACUUCUGCUCUGGAUCAGUUUGAUCGGUCACCCUCUUUUGGUCCCGGCAGCAAAACCAGACGUCUUGACUCGGCAGAUUUCACUCCCUCUAACACUCCAUCACGAGAUGAAGAUGCAAGAUCUCGUCGUAUAUCACGCUCGCGCUCUCCGUCAUCUGCCAGUGACAUGGAGCCUAUAGAGUUGAUUGACCACACGUCACGUAGUCUGCAGACGCCAACAGGAAGAUCAGGCUAUGGGAGCUUGGGACACUCUUCACCGAAGCCCAAGGCGCACCAGCUUAGUGUGAAGACCUUCAGCGUUCCCACCAAAUGUAACCAGUGCACCUCUCUGAUGGUGGGACUUAUCCGUCAGGGCUGCGCCUGUGAAGUCUGCAACUUCUCCUGUCAUGUCACCUGUGCUGAUAAAGCACCCUCUGUGUGCCCCGUUGCACCAGACCAAACCAAGGGCAAAUUGGGAAUCGACACUCAGAGAGGCAUAGGGACUGCAUAUGAGGGCCAUCUUAGGAUACCAAAGCCCACAGGGGUGAAAAAGGGUUGGCAGAGGGUCUGGGCAGUGGUAUGUGACUUCAAACUUUUCCUGUAUGAGCUUGGAGAAGGGAAGGGUGCCCAGCCUGGUGUCAUAGUUAACCAGGUCAUCGCCAUGAGGGAUGAAGAGUUUUCCGCCAGCUUUGUUCUGGAGUCUGAUGUCAUCCAUGCUAACAGGAGGGAUAUCCCCUGUAUUUUUAGGGUAACAGCAUCUCAGCUGUCCACCUCCUCCAGUCAGAAGACGUGCAUCCUGAUGCUGGCCGACAAUGAGCACGAGAGGACAAAGUGGGUGUCUGCACUGAAUGAACUGCACCGCAUUCUGAGGAAAAACAAGCUGAAGGAGCGUUUCGUGUAUGUGCCUAAAGAAGCGUAUGACAGCAGCCUUCCUCUCAUCAAAACCACCCAGACUGCUGCUAUUAUUGACCAUGAACGGGUUGCUUUGGGGAACGAGGAAGGCCUGUUUGUAAUCCACGUCACCAAAGAUGAAAUUGUUCGUGUGGGUGACAUUAAGAAGGUCCAUCACAUAGAACUGAUGCCCAAAGAGCAUCUAAUGGCCGUGAUCUCGGGCAGGAACCGACAAGUGUGUCUGAUCCCCAUGGCUGGGUUUGAUGGGAGAGAGAUUGACAAGAAUAAGGUGGCAGAUACUAAAAACUGCCAGGCACUGGUGUCUGGUGUGGUGCGCAAUAACACCUGCUUCUGCCUCGCCAUUAAACGGCAGAUCUCCUGCUACGAAAUUAACAAGAGCAAGUCUCGCUAUUGCCAUCUGGUGGACAUACAAGCUCCAGGAACUGUCCAGUGGAUGGCGUUCUUUGGCCAACAGUUAUGUGUAGGAUACCAAGCGUGCUUUAUGCGCUACAGUUUGCAUGAAGAUACCCCUCCGGUCAGCAUGCUCCACCCAGAUGACCCAACAUUGGCGUUUAUUAAGGCAGAGAACUUGGAUGCCCUUUGUGCAGUGGAUAUCUCCAAUAAAGAACUGCUGCUCUGCUUCAGCAAAAUUGCAGUGUAUGUAGACACACACGGGAGACGCUCGCGCCAGCAAGAGCUAAUGUGGCCCGCGACGCCCACCGCCUGCUGCUACAACGCCCCCUACCUGUCGGUCUACAGUGAAAAUGCAGUGGAUGUGUUUGAUGUGAACACUAUGGAAUGGAUACAGACCAUUCCUCUCAAAAAGGUCCGGCCGCUGAACAUGGAGGGUUCUUUGAAUCUCUUGGGCCUGGAGACGGUCAGACUCAUCUACUUUAGAAACAAGACUGCAGAGGGGGACGAACUGGUGGUGCCUGAGGUGUGUGAUAACAGCAGGAAGCAGAUGGUACGCAGCAUGAGCAACAAGAGACGAUUCUCGUUCCGUAUUCCUGAGGAGGAGAGACUGCAGCAGAGGAGAGACAUGUUGAAAGAUCCAGAGAAAAGGAACAAGUUGAUCUCCAGUCCUAUGAAUUUUAACCACGUGGCUCAUAUGGGUCCUGGAGAUGGAAAGCAGAUCCUCAGAGAUCUGCCAAUGAAUGUACGUGCUCAGGACAAUCGAGCCGUAUUCAGCGGUUCCAUCAGCAUCCCAUCAAUCACCAAAAACCGUGCCGAACCUGGGCGAUCCAUGAGCGCCAGCAGUAGCCUAGGAAUGCGAUCGUCCUCCCAGAAUGGCAGCGCUCUGAGGAGGGAGUUUUCGGGUGGAAGCUACAGCUCUAAACGCCAGACCAUGACGUCACCCUCCGAGAGCUCGCUGUCGUCAGGAGGCGGGAUGGACGUGGGCGAAGCGCCGCUCUCUCAGUUCGAUAGAGAGUGGCAAGCAGUAUCGCCCUCGGAGAAGACCCCUGAUCUGAAAAGGGCUUUAAGGACCCUGCUUAGUAAGAUGAAGGACUCUGAUUCACCUCGGCACUCCACCGCCUCCAACAGCUCCACCUUCAGCAGCCCGCCGAGCCCCGCCUCCCCGCACAAAACAAAGUCCCUCUCCCUGGAGAGCACAGACCGCACAGUGUGGGACACAUGAUGGACUCAACAACGAGCCAAUCACAACAAACUUUGAGUCUGCCAGUCACAGUGCUCCGUCCCCUUCCAUCCAGUCGCAUCCAGGCACUACAGGCCCCUUCCAAUUAAUUUGCAUAAAGCAUCACCACUGGGGAACGUACAAAGGAGAAACCACACCAACACAAGCGUGUGUAUGUUUGAGCGACCAGGACGCGCAUGACCUGCAAAAGCUGAUUGGAGGAAAAAGUCGAAGUUCGGUUCUGGAUUUUAAUGUGACUGGUGUUUGUACAUAGAAUGGGUUAGGGUUAAACUUUUAUUUAUUUAUCAUUUAGCCAUUUCAAAGUGGAAAAUACUGUCCCGUCCCUCUCAUGUAAUGGAAUGAUGAUUCCAUUAUAGAAUCUCUCUAAUUUACCUGGGGGAAAAAAUGCAAUGAUGUAUAUAUAUAUUUUUUGCUUUUAAAAGUGAUGUGUGCUGUGAUUCGUUUGUUACUUUGGCUAAAUGGAUGAGAGACGACCUCAUCUAUCGCUUCCUGUCCUAGAUUUGUAGGAAUUUAUAGAGGCGAUGACGUGGAAUCUGUUACUGUCAUCUUCGCCAAUCUCCACAUAAUCCAAACCUUCCGUGAACCAACAUGACCUGUGAAAACACCACAUUAAUGUACAUAGGUUAAAAGUAUAGUAUAAUAUAUAAUAAGGAAAUAUUGAAGAGAUAAACUAUGUGAAAAAAACCUCAUUGCUUUUAUUUUUUAAAAAUUAUUUUAAUAUACUCGUGCUGAGACCAAUUAAAAAGUUCUGUCAGUUCCUUUAGACUUAAUUUUUUUUUUUUUUGUUUAUGAUAAAUAUUGCCUUGUGUAUUUUUAUUUCUUUGUUGUUUCUUUUUUUUUUUAAAGAUUUUUGUGAGACACUACAAAUGUGCUUAAACUAUAAAAUUUGCAUCAUGUCUGGGUUAAGUUGUGCUUUAUUAGAUGACAAUACAUGCAUUGACUUGACCAAAACUGUACAAAUAUCAGCAAGGUGGCAUACAAAUAUCAUAUUUCUGCAAUCUGGAACCUUUAAAUCCAAAUUGUGGAACUGGUCCAACGUGUAAUUUGAGAUUUGCAGACAGACAAAUGAUAAUGUGUUUUGUUCCUGGAUGGUUUCAUCUUAAUGUAUCAGUAUGGGAAAUCGCUUCACCCAUAUAGUUUGGCUCUUUCUAUCUUUUCAUUGGAUAAUUCCGUAACAUAAUCCCGUUAAGUGUUAAAACGUUCACACCAUAAUUAAAUGUGCCAUUAAAAUCUAUAACAAGAAUCUGCUCCCACAAUGCCAGCAUGUAUUUGUCAUUACUUAGUUGUCAGAUUGCAUUUCUUUUGGUUUCAAAGGCAUUUAGCCCAUCCGAGGAAAAAUAAAUGUUUAAAACUCCUCAGAAGUUACACGUCUAAUAAGCGACACAGGCUUCACUCUGUUCCAUAUUCACUUUGCAGCUGAUUUAAUCAUUAGUUACACAAAAAAGUGAGUCGCCCACCUCAUGCAGGCUUCUGUUUGGUGCUCAGAUUCUGUUCCUUAAAUUCCAUAAAGUCGGGAAACUUUUAAU